AUGGCUAGCGUAGAACCCAAAAACUCUGAUUCAUCAUCGGACGACAGUUUACAAGGAAUGACGCCGAUUCCGCCCAAUACAUUAAUUGCACCCGUAAAGCUAUUGACUAAAGAAGAAAUGGCUCAACAACGAUCCCUCAAAAAAUCUGCUAAAUUAGAACGUCGUUCUUCGGGAUCGUCUACAAUUAUAGAAAGUCGCUCUUCAGGAUCGUUCACAACGAUAGAAAGUCGUUCUUCAGGAUCGUUCACAACGAUAGAAAGUCGUUCUUCGGGAUCGUUUGUGACGAUAGAAGAUGAUAGCGGAAUCGUACUGGAAAGAGAUUAUGACAAAUCAACUGUUUCGCAGGAAAGCAGACUUCCUACCGUAAAAGAAUCGCCUUCGAAUAGUCAGGAAUCCGAUUCAGAUUCGAGGAAAACCAAAUCGCACCAGGUUUCUACUGUAGAAGAAUUGCCUUCGAAGAGUCAGGAAUCCGAUUCAGAUUCGAUAAAAACCGAAUCGGGCAAGAUUCCUACUGUAGAAGAGUUGCCUUCGAAGAGUCAGGAAUCUGAUUCGGAGAAAUCUGACUCGAAAUCUGACUCGAAAUCGAUACAAAGCAAGGAUGAUAAUACCGAUAAUAAAAAAGUACCAGCAUCUAGCUCUUCGCCGUCACCUUCAUCAAGCGAGCCGUCAAGCACACCGUCAUCUAAAGAAACAUCUAAUGGAAGCAGCCCUUCGUCAUCGUCAAAUGAGCCACUUAGUCCGCAUUCAUCUCAAAUUACUGAAAACACUUCAUCAUCUUCAUCAACAGCGAGCUCUUCCCCUCCAACUCAAGGUGUGAUCAUGUCCAGAAAGAGGAAAUUAGAAGAAAUUGAACAGUUGCACUCUGGUUUCCUUUCAUUUGCACAAAAACAAUCAGUUCGUGCGCGAAAAAAAUUGCAAUGCAAAUUUCCCAUGUUGACUGCAUCACAGGCUAAAGAAAGUACAAUUAGGGAAUUGACAACAAUUCCAACAGUUGGCCUUUCAGAUAUUGUGUUAGAGAUUCGUGCAAAGUCUGCGGAAAGGCGGGGGGUGACAACUAUACCACUUACAGCUCAACAUCCAAGUACUCAUCAACCACCAACAAUCGGAAUCAAGCCGUCGCCUUCCAGUCCAAGUGAAAUAGGAAAUUUAUCGAAAUCACCUGACACACAAAAGCACAGCGAUCCGAAAUCCAAAAAAAAGAGUCAGCCUGUGUGGACUUUCGACGAGUUUAAAAAAAAAGUGUAUCCACAUGCUCGGGGAUCAGUUCUUAUUCCGUUUACACCAUGUUAUGUCCCAACUGAAGUCGAACCAUAUGUUCUUCCUAAAGAAGACGAAAUUAAAAAAACAAUCGAAUCUUUAAACGACAGAAUUGAUGUGAAAGGAAAAGGAAAAGGAAAGGCUUAUUGA